AUGAACACAUGCGAAAAUUAUUCAUAUUCUACUUCCUCGGCACCUUUUACAUUCUAUCACUCCUCAUCCAUAUCAGCAACAACAACCGCACAAUCAAAUAAUUCAAUUCAACAGUAUAAACAUUCACUUUCAUUUUCUCAACAAAUAUUUAAAGGAUUAAAUAAUUCAAAUUUACAAUCAAAUUUACAAUCAAAUUUACAAUCAAAUUUACAAAAAUGUUUAUUCAUAAUAGUUCCUACAGAAAUUUUCAUAUUAAUAUGUUCUCAUUUAACACCAUGGGAUUUAAUAUCACUUUUAAAAACUUGUCAUAAAUUUCAUGAUUAUUUAUGUUCAACUAUAUCUUCAAAUACUCAAUUAAUUUGGAGAACAUCAAGAUUAAAUACGAUAUUCUUUCCUAAAAUUCCUCCUCCAUCAGGACUUAAUGAAAGAGAAUAUUGUUGCAUAUUAAUGCUUGAAAAAGGUUGUCAAUUUUGUGGUAGAAAAGGUUCUAGGGAUGUACGAAUUUAUUGGACAUUUCGGGUUAGAUCAUGUUGGGAUUGUUUAAUGAAUCGAACUGUUUGUGUUGAAAGUGGAAAUGAAAUUCCUGAAUAUGCGAGUGGUUUACCAUUUACUAAAUUCAGAUUAAAUGGAAUGUAUGGUUCAGAAUACAUGAAAAUGUCAAAUUUAUAUCCUGAAGACAUCUUAAAUGAUCCGCACCGAGCUGGAUGGGUUGGUGCUUCAAUUAUGCCAAACCAGUCUAUUCCCCAAAUAGAUCCAUGGUCAACAGAAUCUCAUGAAUUUCAUAAUAAUCCUUUUUCUUCUAAAAUUGAUACGCCUGCCACUGAAAUAUCACUUUUUGAAUUACCACCACAAGAAAAUUCUAAGGUUGAAUUCGAGAAUCCCUCCUUGGCACAUGGAGCUAAAGAAGCUAUUAUUGGAAAGAUUAAAGAAACAAUUGGUAAAAUAACGCGUAAAGAUUAUUUAAGAGAAUCUGGCAGGGAUCAAAAAAUAUGGGGAAAACGCGAAUUUAAAGCUGCUAAAAAAGCCGAAGGUGCCACGAAUUUUAGUCGAAAGUCAAGCGUUCGUACAAUUUAA